UCGGGGUCGCGUUACAUAACAAGAGAUUGAUCCAGAAAUCUUAAAUCCGUUACGAGCAUUCCAGCAAUUCAGCCAUAAGGUUUUGAGCGGACGGACAUUGGAAGGCCGGCGUCUACAGACACACACACACACGUAUACCUCUACACAUACACUCAAACCUUACCUUCAAAGAAUGGCGGCCUACUUACCCCGUGGAGAUUGGCAAGAGGAGGAGGAAAGACCUCGCGAAAACAAUCGUGGCGCACGACACAAUGAAAGACGUGAUGGCAAUCGCCAGGAAAGAGGACAUCCUGGAGCGGACCGGGACUUGCAACGUGGGCGUGGUCGUCCAAGUACAUGGCAGUAUUCAUGUGGUCUUUGCCAAGAUGACCACGCUCUUAACUCAUGCCAGCGCUUUCGAGACAAAACCCCGUACCAACGGUACGAAACAGUGGAAAGGAGAGGCUAUUGUAGAAAUUGCCUGGCAAGAAGUCACCUAGCGCCAGACUGUACAAGCCUCACAGGGUGCCGCCGUUGUCAUGAUCGUCAUCACACCCUACUCCAUGGGGCCCCUCAACUCGAAGAGGCACCCCUCAAUAUAGACGUGCCUGUGACACCGCCCCGCUUCUUAUGGGACAUUGUUUUUGUGCCGACGGCCAUUAUACGCAUAACCGGUGAAGACGUCGACAGUUGGGCUUCUGUGCGAGUCCUGGUAAGCCAGUCCUCUAUAAUGUCCAGAAUCGCGUAUGCGACGUUCCGCCGGCUUGGUCUUCGAACGUUUUUGUACCAAGGUAAACGAUUUGCUAGCUUUAAAAUUAUGUCUCGCCAACCCACUAGCACUUGGGCGUUAAAGGUCAACGCGCUCAUCACGGACGAGCUGCCAAGACAACCCUAUUCCGACCCUCUUCUUCACGACCCGACCCGUGAUUUAACUGAUAGCUCACUAGCUGACCCGGACCCGAGAAGCAAUGUUCCUAUCGAUCUAGAGCUUGGUGCAGAUACAUACUCUGCAAUACAUAGAGAAGGUCGCAUAUUUACCGGACUUGGUGACGUCAACGCCUAUAGGACGGUACUGGGACACAUCAUAUCCGGCCCUAUUCGGAAUCUAAAUCAAUAA